CAAGGGAGACAAUCUCUGGACACACCUAGCAAUGACUCGACUUUUUCACUAAGCUGAAUGUUUACUUUUCAGUCACCCAGACAGACAUUCACGCACGUCCGCACGCUGGGAACUGGAGCGGGAUAGACUGUUAUGUACGCUGCCUUCAGCAAUCUUUCUAGAAACAUGGCAACAACGGGACAGAAACUGAAAGUUGUACUUUUCCUGGGAUCUUGCAGAGAGGGCCGACUGGGUCUGCGAGUUGCCCGCUUUAUGAAGAAUGUUCUUGAGAAGUCCAACCACGAAGUCGCAGUAUUCGAUCCUGUGGAGAUGAAGUUCCCCCUUCUAGAGAAGGCGUUGCACCACUACAAGGACAAGAGUGAGGCCCCCAAAUGGAUGUGUGAGGCGGAGACGAAGGUGAGGGAGGCAGAUGCCUAUGUGGUGGUCUCUGCGGAGUAUAACCACAGCAUUCCCCCUGCACUCAGCAAUAUGAUGGACCACUUCGGGGGCAGCUGCUAUUCCUAUAAACCCAGUGGAAUAGUGUGUUAUUCUCCUGGUAUUUAUGGAGGCAUGAGGUCAGCCAUGCAGCUCCGAGCAUUUCUGGGUGAGCUUGGUUGUCUGAGUGUGUCCAAUAUCUUUGGUAUCCCUGAAGUACACAAGGCCUUGGAUGAAAAGGGCGUCCCUCUGAAUGAUCACAUGAUGAAGGGAGUAAACCGAUUGAUUGCACAGCUGGACUGGAACGCCCAUGCCAUGAGGAACCACCGUGAAGCAGUCGGGAUUCCUUAGUGAUAACAGUGGUCAGAACACACCCACCAGGAAAUUGUUUCACAUGAAAAGUUGCUGUUUUUAGCAAUGGAAAUUAUAAAAUGGUAUCGGUACAUGUCAAACUGAUACUUGAAUCUCACAUCUUAACUUGGGGGCUGACUAGUAUUUGAAUAGGAAGAAGUGAAAGACAUGAGAGAGAGAAUUUAUGGAUGUCAACUUCUUUGUUAUGAGGAACAUGUUUUGUACUUUAUGCUUGCUCCCUCAUCGGGUAAAUGAUGCUGAGGUGCAGAGAACAUAUAUGUACAUGUAAAAAGAACCGGUGGAAACAUAGCAAGGGAAGCCAACAGCUAAUUAUCGCUGAUUGGUGCACCAUUGGAAGCCAAAUGUUAAAUUAGCACUGAUUGGUACUUAGCUAUGGGCACAUGGAGGGCAGUGGUUAAUUAGCCUUGAUAGGGGUUGGGAGGUGGUAAUGUCAUAGAUCAGCAUUAGAAACUGGCACUAGUCCUUUUGUCCUUGCCAAACUGCCCAAUAGGUAAGGUAUCAUAAGGACUUGUAGAAGUUUGCCAUUUUUAAGGGUUUUCUAUUUGUUAUCAUUAUAGGGACUAGUGGACUAACAAUGUUAGUUUCUACCACUGCAGAUAGAUGGUGGCACACAUUAAUUAAAUCAAAAAGUCCUAAGCACAAGGCAAUUUUUUAACACACAUGAUCAACAAGCAAGACCAUACCAUCAUGUGUUCCUCAUUAUAAAGAAGUUGAUAUCCACAAACUCUCUCUUGGAAGCUGGCUGUUUAUCAAACAAGUUACAAACACUUUAAACACUUCAUCUUAAGAGAAACUUGAAUCUCGCCAUCUUAACUUGAAGCAUUUACAAUAACACUCUGAGUAAAAGAGUAAAAGAUUUGACUUUAACGAGAAUGUCAAGGAACACAAACUUGAAUGUGAGACACAUUUCACAACUUUCUGGUGAACAAAAAUUGAAGUUGUUAUUUCUUAUGUAUGCUUUGUUGUAUUGUUGCUUACUUAUUGCUUGAAACUGUAUUUAGCAUAGCCUUUCUCCUGUAUUGAAAGAUACGUCCAAGGAUGUUUAGUAAUUCUAUCUUUAAAUAAACGACAGGUGAAAUCACGGUGUCUUCACAAAGUGCCUACAGACCCAUUUUGCCUCCAGUAAAAUCAUGAAAUGAUACGGUCGGAUGCUCAGAAAGUGAUGCAUGAGUGAACAUGACUGUUUCCUGUUUGACCUGCGAUAGGAGAUAAACUCCAUACUGAGACAACAAAACAGUGUAGGACAAUGGGAAACACUUGUGAAAUGAAAUAACAACCAUAACACAUAUAAAGGUCACGGAUAUAUUAUUACUUAGAACUUAAACUGUAUUGAUCUGAAAAAUAAUCGAUUGAUGUGAUUGGUUCUAUAUUAUUUUGUUGUUUAUACAGUAAUAAAUAUAUAUUCAGUCUAAUGUUAAGAGCAUUGAUCUCUUAAAUACAGUCAUAUUUAUUAAUAUCUCAGCUCAGCUUAAGAACUGGCUUGUUUGAACAGUAAUAAGUAGUUUAUUCCUCUACUCUUUCAGUGACUAACAUUUCAUACAGGAAGCUGCAACAGUACAAGUCUGAUUGAUUGGGCAACAGAUAUUAAAAAAAAAUAAGUCAAACAAUAGUCGUUCGGUCCAUUCACACAAACAGGGAUAUAACUGAGUUCACAUUGUGCCUACAUUAUUUUCUGUCAGCAAAUUGGGAUGUAGGCAGAAUGGGAUUGAACCGAAAUCACACCUCAAACGAAAAAUUCAUCCAUGGUGAGGAACUCCCCUACUGGAGGUUAAAAUGGGUUCCUGGUGUCUGACGCACUGCACAUUUUCAACAUUGAUGAUGAUAAUGCUGAUGCAGUCUGCCUGCUUCUCCCUGAUUUUGUGGUACACGUCUUUUGUCUGCUCAUCCAUUGGAUUACCUUGCCCACAACUUAUGUCACCUCAGUAACAACACUGAUGUUGAGGGCAGCUGGUGGUUUAUUACCGAAACAGGAUGUUGGUAAUAAAACCCUAAUUACCUAUCUUUAAUUCUUAUCCUAAUUAUUCACAAUGUCAAGAUCAAGGGUCGUUUCACACAUUCACCAAUGUAUGCAAUGUUGUUAUUUUUGUAGGAUUAACAGAAAUAGCAGAAACAGUAUACAUGUAUGUAUAAUGGCUAAGAAUUAAAAGAUUUAAACAUGGCAAACGAAAUAACCAAUGAAAACAGUUGCCACUGCUGCGCUGGUAGCUUUAGGCUAUGAUUACGGAAUGUGUUAUUUCAGCACUUUCACUUAGACAUUAGAAUACUAACAUGAUCGGGUGGUCGGGCUCGAUGACUUGGUUGAUGCAUGUCAUUGUAUACCAGUUUUGUAGAUUGAUGCUCAUGAUGUCAAUCACUGGAUUUUCUGGUCCAGACUUGAUUAUUUACAGACCGCUGUCAUAUAUCUGGAAUAUUGCUGAGGCCGACGUUAAACAACAAACAAACUAACAAAACAUUUUACAAAUAUAUUAUGAAUAUUUCUCUCGGAAAUUGACUAAAUGUAUCUAGGAAAAUUGAUAUUCGCAAAAUAUUUCAUCAUUUUCUUCACUUCAAGUGCCCUUUACUGGAGGGUUCAUGACCUGAUGUGUUCAGUGACAAAGUGUAUGUCCAUAACCUGUAUAUUUAGGGGUAGUUACUCUUCCAGCGUCCACACUCCGGAAAGGAAACCUUCCACAUUGGUAGAACUUUUUGGGGGUGGUAUUUCCCUUGACAUGGGACAUAUUGUUGAUAACCUAAUAACUGAUAUAUGUAAGCUUCUGUGCCUUGAAUAAAUUUGUUUUUGUUCUUGUUUUGAAGGUGUCAGUGUAAUUCUAGCAUAAUAUAAUUUUUAUCAACUUAGAGUUUUGAAAUUUUAUACACUUUGUUUUGAAUAAAUACUAAAUAGUA